GUCCUCCAAGCCAACUGGUUCUUUUGGUUUGUUUUUGGGGUUUUUCUCGGUUGUUCGUUGUUAUUCGGCCCUCAGCGGGUCCCUGGGAGGUGUGGGGGUGUUGCCCUGCUGGCGUGGGCCACUGGCUGCUGAAGCUUUAAUAACAUAAAGAGCGCCUUAAUGAGGCUGUUUCUUAAUUACGACUCUCUUACUGUUACUUUUGUUGUUGUAUAGGGAGAAUCCAGACUGUCUCCCCCUGGUCUCUUGUAUUUUGGCUCCUGUGCUACGUUUUCCCCUUUUAGAGCUUUUCAUGAUCUCUUCAGUAGCUGAACCUGCCCAAAAAUUUCCAACUUUUUUUCAUUUUUUUCUUCCCUCCAGGAGCCUUUUUUGUUUGUUUGUUUGUGGUUUGUUUGUUUGUUUAUGGGUUUUUUUGUUUGUUUAUUUUCUGGUAUUUUACAGAGUGAGCUGAUGCUGUGAGAGCUCAGUAAAGUGAAUUCUGUGGAAGAGCUUCACAGUGAUGACUUUGUGCCUGAGUGGUUCUGUCAUAGCAAACACCUGAAGUUUCAUGAGGAACCUGUUCCUCCUUAUAAAAGUGUUUUUAAAAACAUCACCCCUUCCCGAGGUGAUGGCUUGGUUUUGGGGUCUGUGUUACUCUCUGUGUUUCAGCACCAAAUUUGUGCUUUUCUGCUGAGUGUGGGGCAGAUUUUGCUUUUUCCUUCGGUGAGGGGAAGCAGGUGUUUUUCUCUCUAAAAUGGUAUUUACAGGUAACAUUUGACAUACUUUGUGCAGCUGCUGUGGGAGGCUGGUGGCUGAUAUACAUGUGUAAAAUGUUUUUACCCCAUGGAAUUGAUGCAGUGACUGAGAGAAGCGAAGGAUUUUAAGUGAGACCUACACAAUCCACUUACAAUGCUGUUUAUGUCUUUUUCAGAGCAGUUUCCUUAGCGGUAGUAGAUUUGAUCACCAUAACUGACAGAUCUCUGUGAAAUCAUGGUUUCAGAUUCAUAAUCAGCAAAAUGUACCUGGGAUAUAACCAGCAGGAGCAGGUGUAGAAUUUGAGGUAUUGAGAAGAUGGAGAAGACUUUGAACAGAAUUCAUCCAGUUUCUGAUCCAGAAGCAACCUAUUUUCUACAGGUGUCAUGGGAGAAGGAUUUAGGCACUGGCUUUGGUUUACUUCUUAGUGAUUGUCGGUGUGCCUGGACUGGGACAGUGUUUGAAGCAGACAUUUCUAGGGAGGCUGCUGACAUAGAAAUGGACAGAGAAAAAUAUGUGGAAGAGCUGAGGAAAGCACUGAUAGCUGGAGAAGAGUCAGCUGGCAGAUACAACUUUGUGAUUUCAAGAGAUGAGCAGAACAAGGCCUGUCACUUCUCCUAUGAAAGGAACCUGAAAGAUGGCUCUUUCAGACUUGGAUCUCUGAAGCUGCAGGAAGUCCCAAGCCCAGCAGAGGUGGUCAAGGAACUCCUUGUUUACUGCCUGGACAGGCUGGGAAAGCUGCAGGCCAAAACUGAGCAUCUGCAGAGAGAAAAUGAAAAGCUGCUCAGCAACUGUAGCGAUGCGGAGAAGAGGCUGGAAAAAUGCGUGGAAGCUAAAGAGGAGCUGGAGGCAGACCUUUAUAGCAAGUUUGUUUUGGUGCUGAAUGAAAAGAAGGCAAAGAUAAGAAGCUUGCAGAAGUUGUUGAGUGAAGCUAAAGAAUCUGCAGUGGAUGCCAAAUGCGCAAGGGAUAGUGUAGCUACUGCUCAGAUGGUUAUAAAGAGGGAAAGCAACUAUGAUGCCAGCACUGAUGAGGAAAGUGAAAAUCCAGCACGGGCCUCGUUGCCAUCAGCUCUGGAACGAAGGGAUUCCUCCCUCCUGGGCAGCCCAGACAUCGUGGACCCAGCUCCGAGGAGAAAACGAAGGCAGAGGACGGCAAAACCUGCAGGGACAGGAGCUAAAGUGGCUGCUUACGAGGCAGAGCAGGAAAAGGCUGGCCCGGCCUCGCAGGCGACGUCGGGGCAGCGCUGCCCGGAGUGGGAUCUGGAAACCCUGGAAAACUCCUGUCAGCCAGAGGACCUCUUGGAGGACAUGUAGCCACCUGUGGGCUGGGAAAGGGGGCAUUGGUGCUUCCUCCAGGGAGAAGCCAUAAACUAAAAUAGUUUUUUUUUACAGAGCAGAGCCAAAAUCUUUGCUGUGAGGCUCUAAACCCUCCUGGGCCGCGCUUCCCCCGCCCUCGCAGACCCUCGGCCCUGCUGCACCUCAUCUGUGCGGGGCUAAAAGUUGAGUUUAGCCUCUGUGUAGACCUUUUAUCACCUGCAUGUGGGAAGGGAGAGCUCUGUGGAUGUGCUCUUGCAUCUUCCCAGCCUCUUAUGGUGCUCAGGACUCACCAUUUCCCAUGAAGUGAUCCCACUGUUCUCAGCCUUUCCCAGCUCAGCCCAGACAUGGAUAAAUCAACUUUAUUUGAGGUGCAGAUGUGAUCUUGGAAUGGUCUGUUCUGAGCCAAAGCAUACAAAGAGAUGUCCUUUUACUUGAGGGCGCUAUGCAUUAUCAGGUAUUCCUGCUUUUGGGAGUAAAGUGCUACUGAAGUUGAUAUUAACUCUAUUUUAACAUUCUGUAGAAACCCAUGGCGUUUAAAAUUGUGAUUUUUUGAUACUUUGACUUUUUUCCUUAAGGUGAUUUCUAAAAA